AUGGCUUCCAGACAGCAGCUCCGGAGCUUGACCGAGGAGGUCAUUUGUCCCAUUUGCCUAGAUUUCUUCAGAGACCCGGUUUCAUUGGAGUGUGGGCACAACUUCUGUCGCUCCUGCAUCACACAGAAUAGGGAAAGUAGGGGGAUGCACUCCUGCCCAGAAUGCAGAAGUGAGUGUCCAGAAGUUAGCCUGAGAGUGAACUGGGCCUUGGCGAAUCUGGCCGAGAAAGCUAGAAAAUUAAAUUUGGAACCCAAUCAGGAGGAAAGCAAACUUCAAUGUGAGCAUCAUCAGGAAGAUCUGAAGUUGUUUUGUGUAACUGACAAAAAACUGAGCUGUUUAAUUUGUCGAGAUUCGCGCGACCACACAUUCCACAAAUUCCUACCGAUUAAAGAAGCCGUUGAAAUCUAUAAGAAUCGGCUGAAGUCUUCUUUAGAUUCUCUCACAGAGAAGAAAUCGGUGGUUCGAGAAACAGAACUGAAUCAGAAACGGAAGAUUUCGGAAGUGAGGGAACAAGCGAGCAGUCUGCAGAAGGUCAUCGCUUCAGAGUUCACUAAAAUGCACCAGAUUCUCGCAGAGAAAGAACAACGUUUACUCCAAGAUCUCAGGGAAGAGGAGAAUAGGAUUAUAGAAACAAUGGAGAAAAAUCUUCAAGACAUCCGGGUGAAAUUAAAUUCUAUUGAAGUGGAGCUCUCAAAGUUACAGAAACAGAUGGAGGAAAAUGACGAACUGAUAUUUCUGAAGGAGAUGGCUUGUCAGAAGAGAAGGAUCAGCGAGAAGAACCAGUCACUCUCAGUAACAAAUGCAGCCCUGUCUAUUGGAAAAUUCAAUGGCCCUUUACAGUAUAUCGUGUGGAGAGAAAUGGUAGACAUCAUUAGCCCUGUUCCAGCCUCUCUGACUCUGGACCCAAACACUGCAAAUCCCUGGCUUGUCCUGUCCCAGGACCGAACCAGUGUGAGACUUGGAGACAAGCCAAAUCAACUACUGGGAAAUGUGAAGCAGUUUGAUCAGUGUACCUGUGUCCUUGGACUGGAGGGAUUCACAUCAGGGAGACAUUACUGGGAGGUGGGAGUAGGGGACAAGACUGAGUGGGGCUUGGGAGUGGCCCGAGAGUCUUUAGAUAGGAAAGGGGGUGUUGACCCAAGACCAGAGACAGGAUAUUGGGUUGUGUGGCUGAUUCCUGGGAGUGGGUAUUUAGCCAGCACUUGCCCAUCAUGGAUCCGCCUGAGCACAAGUUUGAAUCCCCAGAAGAUUGGGGUUUACCUGGACUAUGAGGGUGGACAGGUAUCAUUUUACAAUGCGGACAACAUGUCCCAUCUCCACACUUUCACUCACACUUUCACUGAGACAAUCUACCCCUUCUUCCAUUUGGGAUCGAAUGACGACGGGAAAAACUCUGCCCCACUGACAAUCUGUGGGAUGAAAGGGCACUGACAGAUCCAUCCCAUAAUUUCAUCCGGUUCCCCCUGCCUACUGCCAGCUGUAAACUGACGAGUGUUUGGCUUCAGUCACAGGUGGAGAGAGAAACCAGGUUAACACUCUAGGAAUAAACCCUGUAUCGGAACUGGAAACUGAAACAUCAGCAAGGAGCUCUGUAAAGCUGGGGCAAGGAAGGAAACGGAGAAGAAACAAUAGAAGCUCAGAUGCAUGGAUAGACUGACUGGGUAGAAUCAGUGCUAGAUAAUAAAAGCUGCACAUCAUUUAAAGAAUGCAAUUUGGGUCCCUGUCAGACUGUAGAUAAGCUUAGAAUAAAAACAAAAUUGCUGGAAAAGCUCUGCACAUCUGGCAGCAUCUGUGCAGGAGAAAACAGAGUUUUCCAGAAACUUUGUUUUUAUUCCUGAUUUACAGCAUCCGCAGUUCUUUUGGUUUUUAUGUAGAUAGUUUGUUUCAUUUUCUCCUAGUUCCAUGGCCUGCAUCCUUAUUGUUUUUAUGAUUAGAUUCCCUACAGGGUGGAAACAGGGCCUUCGGCCCAACAAGUCCACACUGCUCCUUGAUGUAUCCCACCCAGAUCCAUCCCCCUCUAGCCCCUGAAUAAUACGGGCAAUUUAGCAUGGCCAAUCCACCUAGCCUGCACAUUCUUGGACUGAGGGACGAAACCAGAGCACCUGGAGGAAACCCACACAGGCACAGGGAGAAUAUGAAAAUUCCGUACAGACAGUUGCCCAAGGCUGGAAUCGAACACGGGUUCCUGGUGCUGUGAGGCUGCAGUGCUAACCACUGAGCCACCGUGCUGCCCUCAACUGACAGUUACCCAAGGCUAGAAUUGUUGUAGCAACCCAUGAGCUAAAGUUGACAAAAUGGCCACUUGGAGUCUUUUUUUUUAGCCAACACAAGAUGGACAAAAGGGAUGGGCAGUCACAUAUAGCAAAUGUUCAUAGCUAGACUGGUAGUCUCCAUAUAAAGAUUCUCUGUUGGAAGAAGCAUAUGGGACAGUAAUCAGGUUUCUGUAAACAGGCAGUUCUGAACAUAUAAGCAUUUUAAUAAGGGGAAUUUUUGAAAGGCCUAGUUUAGCCACAGUCCCUUGCAUGUUGUUUAGUAAAAAGUAGAAGAAAAUCCUGAUCCUACAGUAUUCUGACUUUCUUUAGGUAAUUGUAAAAUUAGAAAGGCAAAUAACAAAUUAGUGUAAAAAGGUUAAUUGCAUUCCUUUAGCAAAUGCUUAUAAGGCAGUAAAGAGAGCUACUGGAUUAUGAGACAAGACAAAGUAAUAAAUGAUCUAAAUAAGAUCUCAAAAAAAAGCAUUGGCAUGAGAGGAGGGCAGAGAAAUUUAUAAAAACAGAAGUUACAACUGGGGAAUUAUAACUGUUUGAAACUUAUGUGCAGAUAAUUCAAACAAAUUCAUACAUUCAAAAAGCAAAGGAAGAGUUACAGAGAUAGAAUACAGAAUGAAGAUAUGGUUAUGUCCUCUGGUUGUUUGUGGAAUCUAAACAAGUUUCAUUUAAUGGCUUGGUAAAAUUACAAGUGAUUAAAUUUCACCCUCAUCAGUGGAAUUAAAACAAGUGCUUUUUAUUAAGAAAAGAAUAUUAGGAAUGGAAAGUGUUUAGAAUAGUAAAAAAAAUUAUUUAAAAAUUCACUUUCAGCAUGCAAAUAGCAGGGGUCAUAAACUGCAGUUGCAAGUCACAAA